UCUCUCUCUCUCUCUCUCUCUCUCUCUGAGCAUGGCCGAUGAAAAACAUGCCUCCUUGAAUGGAGCUUACUAUGGCCCACCUAUCCCUCCCCAACAAGGCCACCAUUGGCGCGAUCGACGGAGAGGUGGCUUAAGGACCACCUUAUUCAACCUCAUCGUCGCCAUUAUUGUCGUGCUUGGCAUCACAACCCUCGUUCUCUGGCUCGUUUUCCGCCCUUCAAAGAUGAAAGUCUACGUCAGGAGCGCAACGUUAACUGAGUUCGAUCUCAUCACCAACAACACUCUCCAUUACAACCUUACACUAGACGUCGUUAUAAGGAACCCCAACAAGCGGAUCGGCAUUUACUACGAUAGGCUUGAAGCUAAAGCUUACUACGAAGGAGAGCGGUUUGCUUACUCGCCUUUGCCGGCUUUUUAUCAAGGCCAUAAAAAUACUACCAAUCUCCGUCCGGUCUUUGUUGGGGACGUUCCCAUUCGACUGGAGAAUUCUGAUGUUGUUGAUUUCAAUAGGGAGAAGGGAGAAGGGUUUUUCUCCAUUGACGUUGAGAUCUAUGCAAGGAUUAGGUUUAAGAUUGGAUCAGUCAAGACUAAGCGCUUCAAGCCAGAUUUCGAGUGCGAGUUGAAGGUCCCUUUAACGACGAAUGGAAGCUCCUCGGCCGUUGGAUUUAUUGGGACCAAGUGCGAUGUGGAUUUCUGAUCACCCCCUCCCUCGUCUUUCUUUUUUCUUUUUCGGUCAUUCAUUGAUUUUACUCUCUUUUUUUUUUUUUUUCUUUUUUUUUUUUUAAAUUUAAAUCAUAUGGUUUAAUAAUCUAUUAUAUGUUACUUGUAUCCAUUAGAUGAUCACAGCCAUCCAUUACAGGACUUUUACCUAUUGAUCAUUGACUGUUGGCUGGACCUUUUCCAAACUUCGCCCAAUUGCUGGUGGUCAUCAAAUCAGUGGUUAGAAUCACUUGCCUUGUGUGAUAUCUAAUUCCAUGAUGCCGCCCAAUAAUAAAUGUAUGGAUAUUGUAUGGUUGAUAUCUCACUUGAAUAAACUUGGUACAAUUGAAUGCUUUU